AUGUCAUCAACCUCCAAAACCCCCAAACAAAAUCACAGAUCCACCUCAGCAUCCAUAACGUUACCCUCCAACUCCCCCACCCACAAUGCCUCAGCCCAACAGACCGAAAUCAUAAUAAACGUCUACGACCUCCUACCCCCCGGCCGCCUCUCCUCCCUCCUCUGGACCCUCGGCGGCAGCCUCCUCCACUCAGGAAUCUGCAUCUCCAACCGCGAAUACGCCUACGGCGGGCACCCGCAACGGGGAGUCACGGGAGUAUACUACACCCGCCCCAAAUACCUGCCUCCAGGUGGAAGAUUCCGCUGCUCGAUCCUAGCGGGCCUCAGCCUCUGCACACCCGGCGAAAUCUCCGCGAAAAUCCAAACCGUAUCCGAAAGUUUUCUCGGCACGGAUUACCACCUGCUGACGAAUAACUGUAAUCAUUUUACGAAUGCUUUGUGCGAGGCGUUGACGGGGAAGAGUGCGCCGGGGUGGUUGAAUCGUGCGGCGGCGAUUGGGGUUGCGUUGCCGUGUGUGGUUCCGAAGGAGUGGAUUUGUCCGCCGGAUGUGGAGACGCAGGAGGGGGAGCUUGUUGGAGAAGAGGAAGAGGAAGAUGAUGAUGAUGUUCAGGAUGAGAGGUCUGGGAUGUUGAAUGAUCAUAGGAGGAGACGGAGGAGGGAAGGGCGGAGGACAAGGGAAGAGGGGGAGGAUGUUGGACUUCUGGUGAAUCGGACGGAUUCUGCUGGGAGACCUUUGCCAGCAGCGGAAAGGGCGCCUGUUCCGAAGACGACGACGAUGACGAGCAAGUGA